AUGCCCAGCUCACGAUACUCCGCAACCUUUUUAGCGAUCCUCACGACGAAGUUCCAGCGCCACGUCAAGGGCGGGGAACCGACGUGCAUGCUUGAAGACAAGACUGUCCUCAAGCGUCUCGGCCUUUCGACGCUGAUGACGGACAAAUUCAAGCCGCCCGACCUUUCGUUCCACCAGGUCCAGCUUAUCAAGUCCUUCAUCGAGAUUGUGAUGAAGAAGCCGAACGACGAGAAGGUAAACUUCGUCAUUAACCACGCCGAUUGUACAUCCGAACGCAAGGUCUACGGCGACUGGUUCCGCGAGCGACUCGCGCCAAGGGUUAACGCCCUCGUCGAAUCAGCAAUGCGCGAGUGCGGUUAUCACCCUCAGUCCGUCUUGGCCUCGCAGGAGGUGGACGACUUCCCCUCGGCGAACUUGCUUGUCAACGCCUGCCUUACCCCCGUCGCGGUGGAGAUGUUUGGCGAAGUCGUCAUGAGCGGCGACGUCCUCAUGGAUGCGGCGAUCGCAGCCAACUUCAAGACCAUGUUGAUCCACAAUGUGUCCCGCAUGGGGAAGGCCUACCUACGUGCGGGAACCCUGGCUGACGAGAAGGUCAAGUUGAUGCGCGAUGCGGUGAAAGCUGUCGAGGAGCCUGGUCCUCAGGGAACGACCUUGGCGUCCAUCCGUGCGGCGCUACAAGCUAGCAAGAACGUCGAACGGCUCGCUGGAUGGUAUCCAAACCUCCAGUUGGAGGCCGAGGAGAAUAUCGUGAAGCUCAAGGAGGCGGUCCGCAUUGCCGCUGAGCUCCCUCGUGGGGAACUCGAUACGCCCGUUCGUUCGAAGAAGCCAAAGGCUAACGAGAAGAUGGAGGCGGCUCGCAAAAAGGCCCGUAAGAUCCAUAUCAUGCCAGCGGAGAUGGCCGACGCGAUGGAGGUCGCUCGUACGAUGCAAGCUAUAGCAACACACCUCGAGCUGGCGGGCGACCUCGAGAAUUGCCCGACGGAGGCUGAGCGUCACGCCUAUGCGUCUUUCGCCGACGAGGGGGACUUGGGGGUCGAGGUGAUGUCGAAGAAGACGGUGGACCAGCUCUGCGUGCUCCUCAGCUUCGCGCAAGGGCGGCCAGGCAACUGGAACGGUUUCGUGCGCGACGACGGCGCCACCGCCUGGCACCUGGGACUUACCCCAUCGAAUCCCGCCGUCACUCGACGUGGACCGUCGAACACGUUGAACCAGAUCACGCUGGACAUGUUCGCAAGGGGAGGACCUGGAUUCAAGCCCAUAAGCUUGCUGUGGCAUCAGCUCGUGGGCGUGGCGGCCAUCGUCGCGAAUAUGUUCUUCGGAGACAGGGUUACGAGCGCGCCAAUGUCUGGCGUCCUCCUUGCUGACGGUGUGGGCGUUGGCAAGACCGCGCAAGUCAUGGCCACGAUCGCGUUUCUCCAGCAAGUCGAGCUUAUCGAGCAAGUCGAGGCGGUGAGAGAUAGGGUGAAUCGACCACCUAUAAUACGGAACAUGCCAUGGUUCAUGGGCGUGACGGAGUACGUGCCCAACGAACCCCACCUCAUCGUCGUCCCGCUGUCCCUCGUCGCGCAAUGGAAGGACGAGCUGUACCGCUUCUUCUCCAGGGGCUCCGUCGACAUCUUCCAGCUCCCCAACGCCUUGGGGGAUCUACAGACGUUCUUCACGAAUCCCGACGACGCGUGGCUCCAAUCGCAGCAGAAAAUGAUCAAUCGCAUCGUCAUCUGCGCACAUUCGACCUUCCAGAUGAUGGCUGGCGAGGUCUACAUCGUGAAGAAGGCGAGGGGAGGUUACGUCGACGGCCCACGUCCGCUUGUCUCAGACAACAUCGACAAACUCGUCUUCGGCAUCCAGUGGUGCACCGCGUGGAUUGACGAGGCGCACCUGUUUCGCGGCGCAGGUCGAGGGCUUACGGGGGUUUGCCAAUUGCACGAGUGCGCCCGCGUGACGCACGUAAUAACGGCCACGCCGCUCUUCACGAAGAUCCAGGACAUCAUCAACAUGGCCCGGAUGUGCAACCACGACGAAUUCGUGCUGUCGAAGGGCCAGCAACUCGAGCGUCAAUUCAACCGAGACAUUAGAGCGGCGAAGAGGGAGAUGUCGCAAGAGGAGAAAGACGCCGUGAAGAGCAGACAGGUCAGGGCCCUGCGCGGCGACGAGAUCGAAGAAGAAGAGGCUGGGAUCGCGGUACGAUUUGCACAGUAUAGCGCGGCGAAGGUCGUCCAGGCGAAGCUGGCGCCCCACUUGAUCCGUCGCACGCUCACCUCAGUGGACUUGGAGGGCAAGCCCCUCAACACGAAGAUGCCUCCCAUCACGGAGCACGUACUUACCUUCAAGCUCAGCGACCGCGAGAUGGAGAAUCUGGGGCUCAUCGUCGACGAGAUGGAGUCGUCGGAGAGUGGCGUCCCCGCGAAUCUGAGUCGCGAGAAUUUCUUCCUGCCCUACCGUUGCGGCAUCACGUUCUUCAAGGGCGCGAACGAAGACUGGCCUGUCUUCGACAAGCACGGCAACUCUAAGAUCGGACACUACGACGACAUAUCCAGCACGAAGCUCGACCUCGUCGCACGUCUCGUGCUCCACCUCCUCAGCCACGACGAAAUCGAACACCCUACGUUAGCCGACGGGCAAGUCGUAUUCCCUCCACCGCCGCCGCCAGCUUUCCUCGGACAACGGCCACCUCGAAAGCGCAAGGUACUGAUAUAUCAUGAAUUCUCCAUGAUGGCGAUGACAAUCGAGACAGUGUUUCGAAUGAAAGGAAUCGGCGUGCUCGUGCUCAACGGCCUCAUGAACAAGCAAGAUCGAGAGCGAGUCAUCGACGACUUCGUGCACUCUGACGCCGCUGAGCAUCGAGUGCUCCUCUUCUCGUCUAUCGGCGCCGUUGGGCUGAACUUGACGUGCGCAGACACCGUCAUUAUGCUCGACAUGAUAUGGUCGCAGGUGGGCACCGAGCAGAUCAUCGGACGAGCUGCUCGUCUCACGCAAGAAAACGCCGUCCACGUCUACCACCUCGUCGCCCUAGGCACUACGGACGUCCUCAUGUCCACCAUGGCGCGGGAGAAGGGCGAGAUGUUGGCCACUCUCUUCUCGAAAGAGAAGAACGAGAAGCUUGAGGAAGUCUUCUACGGCAUAUCGAAGAAGAAUGCGGUCUCCGACAGCGACCAAGAGGAGGACGACGACGACAAGAAGAAGAAGAAGAAGGCGUUGCCUAAGACCCGCACUGCGAGAGGCGCGGCGAAGAACGCGGGGUUGGAGUCGAUAUCGAGGUCGCAGACUCCCUCGAUCUCAUGGGCUUCCAAGACGCCCACCGUGGAGGAGGAGGAACAGGCGGCGGAGCAGACAGCGACGGGGGGUGCGGACGAAGGAGCUGAGCAGCGAGUGAAGGGCAAGGCAAAGCCAAAGCCAAAGCCAGCGGCGAAGCGCCAGACGGCUGCAAAGCCACGACCCAAACCCAAGGCCAAAGGGAGGGUGAAAAGCGCAGCAGAGGUCCACGACGACGACGACGCUGGACCAUCUGAGCCGCCCACUGCAGAGGGGAGUGUGCAAAACGAACCCAACGACGCCGCUGGACCUUCGCGGCCGCCCACUGUUGGGGCGAGCACCCUCAACGAACCCAGCCACGCAGCUGGACCUUCCCGGCUGCCCGCAGUUGGAGGGAGCACUCCCAACGCGCCCAGCCACGCAGCAGGGCCUUCCUGGCCGCCCGUGGUUGGAGGGGGCAUUCCAAACCAGCCCAGCUCGCAUUCGUUGACAGCCCAAUCGUCUGGGAGCGUUGCGCGGCCUUCUGGGCAGCCCGCAGUGGCGACAGGGGCGAUGGACAUAGAUCCACCUGCUGGGCAGACAACAACGGAUGACGCAGGCGCAGCGCCACCUUCCCAGCAGGCCGUGUUGCUGAUGGGGCCAGGGAACGCAGGGCCCACUGCUGGAAUGCAGGGAAGAUCGCCGGCGGGAUGGAUUGCGACGCAGCCCGCAACACAGAGGACGCCACUGGUGUCGCCAUCGCAAAGGGAGUUCGUGGAGAUUGAGGACGCGCUUCGACGGCCUUCCUCGCCGCCCACGGGUACGGAGGACGCGCCAAUGGACAUAGACGACUGGGAGGAACCCAAGAGCCGCAAGCGUUCAAGCAAGUCGAAACGUUCGAAGGCCAGACAUGUCGACUCUCCUGGCUUUCGUCCCCCUUGGACGCAGGCAGACCCGACGACGCCACCACGGGCUGGAUCUAAGCAUAAACCACACUCGUCGCCAGAGAAAUCGCCACGAACUGAGAAGAGGCAGGCAAAGAUGGCGCGAAGAGAUGCAGAGAGGCGUCGACUCCCGGGGACUGACUCUGAGGACGACCUCGACAUCGGGGCGAUUGCAAGGAUCAAGCAAGAGGGGGAACCGUCGCGUGUUUCUUCGGUCGACAAACAGAGCGAAACCCGCGGGCCUCGAGCGCAUAGACGUCCCACAGCAGUCCCAGAUGACGGCGAAGACUUCACGUCGCUGAUAGCCGACUUGUCAGACUUGUCUGGCUCAGACCAACAGUCGUCGUCAGAUGAGGACCCCCUUGCGGCGAAACGAGUCCAUAUGUCACAGUCGGCGACGGCCCAACCCCGGGAACAUGUCCCCAAGGUCAAUCUCCCCCCUCCUCGUCCUCCUCGUGGCCGUGGAGGCGGUGGUCGCGCUCGUGGUCGCAAGUAG